AUGGGAAACCCGGAUGCCAGUUCUGGCGCCUCUCAGGGCGAUGCAGAGAAUAGUGUGCAGAGCGACGCGCACAAUGGCGCAAAGCCGGCCAUGGCCAUGCUCGACGCCAACAAGAUCGAUCCCACCAGCUCCGUCUCUACGUCGAUGGAGUUGGGCCGUGCCGAACGUAGCAAACAGCCCCCGGCGUCAGCCGCUCAUCAACUAUCCCUCGACGACGUCGAAUCGGUGGAUGUGCAGAUCCGGAACCUCUCGGUGACUGUCGAUACCUCGCCGUCCAUCUUCGAACCGGCAACAUAUCCAGACUUGUUCCGAACCAAAUUCGGCGGCGGUCAGGCCGGCCCUGUGAGCAAAGUGCUUCUCCAUUCCGUCAAUGCGUCACUUCAACCAGGAAGCUUGACCGCGAUCCUUGGAGGCAGCGGCUCCGGCAAGACGACCCUGCUGAACACCAUCGCGGAACGCGUGUGCAGCACAAGGCUUGCCCAAACUGGGACCACGAUGUUCAACGGCUCCGAAGGUGCUCAUUCGGUGAGACAUGCUUAUGUCAUGCAACAGGAUGUGCUUCUGCCGACGCUGACGGUGCGGGAGACACUGAGAUACUCGGCCAACCUGAGACUACCUCCACCGACCACCAAAGCAGAGAGGAUGCGGAUCGUCGAAGAGGUCAUUCUCGAACUAGGCCUGAAAGACUGCGCCGACACCCGGAUAGGCAACAGUCAACACCGCGGGUGCAGCGGCGGAGAGAAGCGCAGGACCAGCAUCGGAGUUCAGCUCCUGGCGAACCCUUCCGUUCUCUUCUUGGACGAGCCCACAACGGGGUUAGACGCGACCAGCGCCCACCAACUAGUCGAGACUCUGAAAUCACUCGCAAACAAAGGGCGCACGGUUAUCACGACUAUCCACCAGCCGCGGUCCGAGAUAUGGGGGCUGUUCGACAACCUCCUCAUGCUCUCCAGGGGAAGCCCUGUCUACUCGGGACCUAUGCAGCAGUGCGUGCCGUGGUUCACGGGCAUGGGGUUCGAGCUGCCGCCGUUUGUCAACCCGGCCGAGUUCUUGAUUGACCACGCUGCCGUCGACAACCGCACGCCUGAGCUCGAGGCGGAAUCCACCGCCCGCGUCGAACGGCUGCAAGGCGCCUGGCGUGAGGAGUCGCAAAGACUAUUUGCGCCCUCUUCAUCCGAGAAGGCCGUGGCAGAGACGAGCAAUCACAAGCGUGCGAGGAGAGAACAACAUCACGCCAACUUCUUCCGCCAGCUGAGAGUCUUGACUGACAGGACGAUCAAGGUUACCUACCGCGACCCCAUGGGCAUGUCCGGGUCCAUCAUGGAAGCAGUUAUCAUGGCAAUCAUCACGGGCUACGUCUUCUACGACCUGCCCCGAGACCAGGGCGGGAUAAAAUCACGGCAGGGCUCACUGUACAUCUCGGUCGCUCUACAAGGCUAUCUAUUUCUGACAUUCGAGAUCUACCGCAUGACGAUGGACAUACAGAUCUUCGACCGGGAGAACAGCGAGGGCUGCGUGACGGCUCUCCCGUUCAUAUUCUCGCGCCGAAUCGCGCGGUUCCUCACCGAGGACGUGCCCGUGCCCUUUCUGUUCAGCAUCAUCUUCUAUUUCAUGGCCGGCUUCGACCGCGACGCCGGCCAGUUCUUCACCUUCUUCUCUGUUAUCUUACUUAAUCAUUACGUUGGCGUUACGCUGGCCGUGACCUCUGUUUCGGCUGUGCGACACUUUGCUGGCGCCAGCUUGAUCGCUAAUCUCGCAUAUACGUUGCAGAGCAUGGCUUGCGGCUACUUCAUCCAGAGCAACACUAUCCCGAUCUACGUGCGAUGGACCAAGUAUAUCACGUACACUUACUAUGCUUUCGGCGCACUUUGCGGAAACGAGUUCGAGGGCAGCUUCUACGACUGCCCCUUGGAAGGAGGCGAGUCGAACCCAGCCUGCCUCCAGUACACGGGCCAGUACAUCAUGGACAAUCUCGGGUUCCCGCGAAACUGGGUGACGAGGCCCAUCAUUGCGAUGUUCGGCUUUGUCAUCCUCUUCCUCAUAACGUCCUGGGUCGGUCUGGCGUUCUUGCAAGUCGAGAUGACCAUCGCCCGGACGCGGGCAUCGGAACCGGAUCUGUCGGCUGGAAAGGAGAAAAUGACUGCUAGAUCGGUACAGGAAGUUCGGGCCAUCGACGUGGGCCUGGACAGAUUCGCCCUGGAUCUUGACAAGAGGUCCAUGCUUGGGAAGAGGCUGCCCACCAAGACCAUCCUGAACCCCGUCACGGCCACGUUCGAAGCCGGGACGCUGAAUAUCAUCAUGGGCCCCUCGGGCUCGGGCAAGACCAGUCUGCUCAACGCAAUGGCCCGGCGCCUCAAGAGCACAUUGGGCACCAAGUAUCGACCGUCCGGUCGACUAACGUUCAACGACGCUGUCCCGUCGACGUCGGUCAUUCGGUCCGUGGUAUCCUAUGUCUGCCAGGACGACGACGCUUUGCUUCCUUCUCUGACGGUGCGGGAAACCCUUCGUUUCGCUGCGGGCCUUCGCCUCCCGUCCUGGAUGAGCAAGCAGGAGAAGUACCAACAUGCCGAGGAGGUCCUCCUGAAGAUGGGUCUCAAAGACUGCGCCGACAACCUGGUCGGCAGUGAUCUGGUGAAGGGCAUUUCAGGCGGCGAGAAACGCCGCGUCAGUAUCGCUGUCCAGAUCCUCACGGACCCACGAGUCCUGCUUCUCGACGAGCCGACGAGCGGGCUGGAUGCUUUCACGGCGGGCAGCAUACUGGAGGUGCUCCGGGGUCUGGCCAACGAAGGCCGCACGCUGAUCCUGACCAUUCAUCAGGCCAGAUCUGACCUGUUUAGGCACUUUGGCAAUGUGCUGCUUCUUGCGAGAGGGGGAUCCCCGGCGUAUGCGGGUCCGGCGAAAGACAUGCUUGGCUAUUUCGAUGCGCUGGGGUAUCAGUGUCCGCGACACACUAAUCCGGCUGACUAUGCGCUUGACCUCAUUACUAUCGACCUCCAGGAGGAGAAGAGGGAGGAGCAGAGCCGGGUGAAGGUCAGGGGUCUUAUUGACGCGUGGGCCAAGGUGGCAGAGCAAAGAGUGUCGGUGGCACAGCGGUCCGUCGCGAGGCCUGUCAUCGACGAGGAAACUAAGGUGUCCAAUGCAGAAGUCAAGUCAGCAAAAACAUCAGAACCCUUUGCCCAGACAGACGAUGCGGUCCUGCGGAAGCUGCCCUCGGCCGUAGCACCACGGCGAUCCUUCAACAAGACCACGCUGGCGACGCCAGCAGAGCUGGGCGCGCUGGUGCACAAGCGCGCCUCCUUCGCCACGGCAUUCCCGCUCCUGCUGCACCGCGCCAUCAUCAACUUCCGCCGCCAGCCACCGCUCCUCCUGGCGCGCACAAUGCAGGUAGUCGGGCUCGCCGUGAUCCUGGCCCUCUUCUUCGCGCCACUGCACCACGACUACGCCAGCAUCCAGAACCGCGUGGGGUUCAUCCAGGAGGCGGGCGCCUUCUACUUCGUCGGCAUGCUGCAGAACGUGGCCGUGUACCCGGCCGAGCGCGAUGUCUUCUAUCGCGAGGACGACGACGCCGUCUACGGCGUCGAGGCCUUCCUGGCGACGUACACGGUGCUCGAGGUGCCCUUCGAGGUCCUGAGCUGUGUUGUAUUUGGCGUGCUGGCCGAUUUCGCCGUCGGCCUGCCGCGCACGGCCGAGCUGUACUUCGUGCUGGUGUUCUGCUGCUUUGCCAUCGUGUCGUGCGGCGAGAGUUUAGGUAUCAUGUUCAACACGCUCUUCGGGCACACGGGCUUCGCCGUCAACUUCAUCUCGAUUCUGUUGAGUGUCGGGCAGGUCAUCGCGGGGUUGAUGAGCAUCGAUAUGCCGGCCUUGUUCAGGGCUUUCAAUUACCUCUCCCCGCUCAAGUACGCCACGGCGGCGCUGGCGGCGUAUAGUCUUAGGGAUAUUGAGUUCACGUGCGAUGAGGGCCAGAGGCUGCCGGAUGGGCGGUGUGGUAUUGAGACGGGCGAGCAGGUGCUAAGGUUGUAUAAGCUGGAUGUGGACCCGUUCCCGAAUCUGGUCGCGCUGGCGGGCGUGGUGGUGGUUUAUCGCCUGUUGGCUUGGUUCUUGCUGAGGCUGGUGCGGACGAGGUGGAGGGGCGUGGUUGAGAGCAGGCGGAGGGGAAAGGACGUGGAGAUAGUUGGGUGA